AUGGACUCGCAGGGCGUCAAAGUCCCCUUCAAUUGGCUCAACUUCUGGACAUGUAUGGUCUUGAGCUUUGGCAUGUUCGUGAAUGGCUACCUCUCAGGGGUCAUUGGCACCACUUUGGCCGACCCAGGCUUCGUCGUGUACAUGGGUUUGGUUGACAGGGAUGGUAAUCCUACUGAAAAUUCUGAAGCCUUGAUCGGCGCCUCGACGGGCAUAUUCCAGGCUGGCGGGUUCGUUGGCGUGCUCAUCGGCAGCUGGCUGCUUGAUCGUUUCGGACGGAAGAGAACCGCCAUUAUCGUGGCGGCAUUGUGCGCCAUAUUCCAAGCCAUCACUGCAGCCUCGCAGAACGUUGGUAUGUUUAUAGCACUGAGGUUCUUCGUGGGUGCUGCUGCCUUCAUGGAGAUGUCUAUCACGCCUGUCUACGUUGCUGAACUGGCUCCGACAAAGACUCGCGGCCUGACUGUGGGCAUCACUGGCGUUUGGGUAGCAGUUGGAUACGCCGUAGCUGCGUAUUUCGGCGCUGCAUUCUUCAAUCUGGGAGAAACCAUCCAGUGGCGUCUUCCGCUCGCGCUCGGCGCUGCCUGGCCACUGAUCCUACUCCCGGCGUUGCUUAUUAUCCCAGAGUCGCCAAGGUACCUGUUAAUGAAGGACCGAUCCGAAGAAGCCCUCGCCGUUGUCUUGAAGCAGCAUGCGGCACCGGGCCAUGAAGACGACGCUCGGGCAGAGUUUUUCCAGAUGCAACAACAGGCUGAGCUCGACUGCACCCUCGAUGCUUCCUGGAUUGGAUUUCUCAAACACAAAACACACCGGCGACGAGGGGGGUUGGUGCUCAUUCUUGGCUUCCUGGCACAGACGUCGGGAAAUCUUGUCGUCAAUAACUAUGGUCCAAGCUUGUACGGCGCUCUAGGAUAUGGUCCGUUUGACCAAGUCAGAUUCCAGUGCGGCUACAUCACGACGGCAAUCAUCUUCAGCAUCAUUGGGUCGCUGCUUGUCGAUGGACUGGGACGUCGUUUGAUCCUGAUCAGCGGUCUGGCAGGCUGCGCGUGCAUGAUCUCCCUCGAGGCUGCCAUGGUGGCCUGCUUUGCCCAAGAAGGGACGAACAAGGCCGGGCUCGCCGUCGGCGUGGCGGCCCUGUACCUGUUUGAGUCCUGCUACUGCUUCAGCGUCGACGUCUGUCUCUUCGUCGUGUCCAGCGAGCUCUUCCCCAACCACCUGCGCUCCAAGGGGGUGGCCCUGGCCAUUGGUGCGUGUACCUUGACCAACAUUGUCCUUUUGACGACGGCACCUACGGCCUUCCGACACGUUGGUUGGAAGUUCUUCCUGUUGUUCAUCAUCACCACGGCAUGCGGUGUUGUAUUCCUUUACUUCUUUCUCCCAGAGACAAGCUCUAUCCCCCUCGAAGAAACGGCCACCGUGUUUGGCUUGACGGACGAGGUCGCCAUCAAGGCCAAAGACAUCUACAUCGACCACACCACCCACGAAAUCACCGUGAGCCAUCAGGAUGACAUUGCAGAGGUCGGUCAGACGAAGAUCCGGCAGCUGGAGGAUGAGAAGGAGAGACGAUCUGAACACAAAGAGGUGGCUGCGGGAGUGUGA